CGUCUGUUCACAUACAUCCAUUGAAUGCAGUUCGACACACCAGAAAAAAAUAUAUAUAUCCCACAUGAUUGAUGCCAUGUCUGAAACAAUAGGUAUAUGCCAUGCAUGAAAGAUAGAGUCCUAACCUCGACACAAUGACUAUGACCAUAGAGAUAUGAAUCUUUCGAUCAUGCUGUGUUGUCAACUCGAAAAGGUAUAUGUACCCUUUUUCCUCACAUUGAAGUUUCCUUAUCACCGCUCACAUUCUUUCCACACAGUCUUUCACCGUCUACAUCCACAACACUCGAAUCACACACAGUCUUUUCACCACUCACUCUAACAUAUCAUUAUGAGUGUGAUAUGUUGGAAUGAUUCCCAAUGGCUUCUAUAAGCCCAACAAAACCUAGUCCCCCGAUUUUUAGCAUUGUUUACCAUCCCAGAUUUAUCAAGAGACGGCAACAAG